AAUUUCUCUCUCUUCUCUCCUCCUCUCUACUUUCCUCACCCUUUCUCAAUCAACUCUUCUCCUAAUGCUGCUUUUCAUUUGAGUGCUAAACUUAGGCUACAAUGCUGUAAGCCCACUGUUCAGGAGUGGCUUCAGCCUCCAUUGCAGGAUGAACAUGUGCGUGAGGAAGAGAACAUGGAUAAUCUUGUGAAAGAAAUCAAAGAGGAAAUAGCAUCGUAUAUUGAAGGGGAGAAGGGGAGGUGUAUACAUCAGAAAUUGAAAGCAGUCGACAUGAUCCAAAGGCUGGGGAUAGAGAGGUUUUUCAAAGAGCAGGUUAAGGAAAUUAUGCACUCCCUUUAUAGGCAAUGGGAUCAAGAAUUGGGAUUGGGUAGUGUGGAGCUCACUGGUUUGGGGUUUCGCUUGCUUAGGCUCCAUGGCUAUCAGAUGUUGUUAAGGAGUUAUUGGAAAAAGGUGGAGAGGCUGGUUCCUUUUCAAUUGAAAACUAUGAAGGCAUUGCAGCACUCUUGA